AAACCAAUGCAAUUUCCAUUGAAGGUCCCGAAUGAGGCUUCUUCCUCAACAAAUCCAAUUCCAAACCUCCUCCUCCAUUUCCUCGUGAAGAACACAAAAUGUCAUCAUCACAACCAUCUUCCUCCUCAAAGAAACAAACCCUUUUCAUAACUUCCCUCAUCAUCCUCUGGUACUCAUCAAACAUUGGUGUCCUCCUCUUGAACAAGUUCCUGCUCUCAAAUUAUGGCUUCAGGUUCCCAAUCCUCCUCACAAUGUGUCAUAUGUCGGCCUGUUCCCUCCUCAGCUACAUCUCCAUUGUUUUCAUGAAGGUCGUGCCUCUCCAACAGGUCAAAUCUAGGCGCCAAUUCCUCAAGAUUGCAACUUUGAGCGUUGUCUUUUGUGGGUCGGUCGUUGGUGGCAACAUUUCCCUCAGGUACCUCGCUGUCUCAUUCAAUCAGGCAGUCGGUGCCACCACACCGUUUUUCACCGCCUUGUUUGCAUACUUGGUGUCCUUCAAGAGAGAGGCUUGGGUUACCUAUGCUGCACUUGUGCCUGUUGUUGCUGGUGUGGUUAUUGCAAGUGGGGGGGAACCAGGUUUUCACUGGUUUGGAUUCAUUAUGUGCAUUAGUGCAACUGCUGCAAGGGCCUUCAAAUCUGUUCUUCAAGGCAUCCUGCUUUCUUCUGAAGGAGAAAAGCUGAACUCGAUGAAUUUGAUGCUCUACAUGUCACCAAUUGCAGUUAUAGUCUUAAUGCCUGCAACACUUAUGAUGGAGCAUAAUGUACUAGAAGAAACCUUAUCUCUUGGGAGAAAACACAGAUAUAUGUGGCUGCUUCUCUUUGUUAAUUCAACAAUGGCCUAUUCUGCAAAUUUGUUAAACUUCUUGGUGACUAAACACACAAGCGCACUAACACUCCAGGUAUUAGGCAACGCAAAAGGUGCUGUGGCUGUUGUUAUCUCAAUACUUCUCUUCAAAAACCCCGUUACGUUCAUAGGUAUUGCUGGGUACACAAUGACUGUCCUUGGGGUUGUUGCAUACGGAGAAACUAAACGAAGAUUUAGAUAGAUAUACUAUUUUUUUUUUUUUAAGCUUUCUUUGAUUUGGUUGAGAAAUUCACGGGGUAGAAUAUUAUUCUCAGUGGAUAGUGAUUGGUACUACUUGUUUGGUGAGAGCUAGAAGGAUAGCGUAAUAAAACUCUAGCUCUAUCUUUAUGUUUUGCAAAGUUAUAUGCAAAAAAAGCAAUUAAUCCUAAGAUGUGUUGUUCCUUUUCAAAAUGUAGAAGAGAUUUUUCUAGAGAGAAUUAUUGAACAUCAUGUAAUAGGUGAGGGAAAAGUUGUAUCACCUGUCAAUUACACUU